UUGAAAACAAGUUAUAAAACAUAACAACAAACUCUCCAUUAAAAUCCAAAUUUACUAAAAUAUGUCUCAACCUAAGCGAACUUUGAUGGAACGCUAUGGCAUACCCGUACAACAUUUGGAUUUUCAAUAUAUUGCCGAGUGUAAGGACGAACGAGAAAUUGAGAGAAUUGUACACAUCCUCAGAUCCGGCGAGGAGGGAUAUUACCCAGAUCUUACCAAAUGUGCUGAAGAGAAGUUACAUGAACUAAAGCCGCAUAGUCGUCUAUUUCGGGUGGAGGAACACAUUCGGGGACGAGAAGCCUUAGGCGAACAAGAAUGGAAGCCGAUUUAUGAUUGGAAUCAUGAAAUCAAAACCAAGGAUAAAACAUUGCAAAAAUUGAGUAAAGAAAAGGGUGCGGAACUUGAUUUGCCGCCCGUACGACAAAAUGCUCAUAUAUCCUUAAAGAAACCCGAAGACUCAAAGACCAACAAAAAUGAAACUAAUGCUGCUGAUGCCAAAGUAGAGCGUAUCAAAUCAACCGAUUACAGCAAAUGGGAUAAAUACGAUGCUGAGGAAGAAAUAUUACGCCUCGACUUGGCCGAAGAACGUAUCCAAGAAGAAACUGAGAGAAAAAAUCGUUUAAAUUUGGAAAAAAUUAAAGCCAGCUAUCCCAAGAUCGAAGAGAUUCUCGAAGAGGCGGAGGCAAAUGGAAAGGGCUCAAUUCAUGCCCUUAGUGAUAUUGAAAGGGAAAAACUGUCGGAAGACUUUCGUUUGCGUGGCAAUGAGUAUUUUCGUGCCAAGGAAUAUGAAUUUGCAUUGGCCGAGUAUACUAAAGCCAUACAGGUAUAUCCGGAGAAGGCAGUCGGUCCCUACAACAAUCGAGCUGUAACCUAUAUAAAACAACAGCGAUUUUUGGAGGCCAUCAAGGAUUGUGAGGCAUGUUUAGCGUUGGAUCCAAAGAAUCUUAAAGCCCGUUUACGUUUAGCGGAGGCAAGUUAUGGCCAUGGCAGGCGGAGGGAGUCCUAUCAACUGUACAUCAAUGUCCUGGAAGUGGAUCCCCAGAACUCGAUAGCCCUCAAAGCCAUAACAGAGCUGCGAAAAAUGUUUGAAGAUUUGCCACCACCACUCUCUAGACGAAUGCAAAUUAUCGAUGAGGAUUCUUCAAAGGCAGCAACACCCAAAACCAAUUCAAGUUCCUUAAAGACGGAAAUUCAAAAGAAAACUAAUACCGUUUCGAAAAAAUCCACCCCCGAGCAGAGUGAACUGAAAAAUUACGAUUUAGCAGAUCUGGUUAAACCCAAUCGUUUGGUUAAAAAUAAAAUAUUGAAAGCAGCCGAAAAUUUUGGCAAAUUACAAAUAAAGGCGCAAACAAGAGCAAAGGAUGAGGAUAAAAAGGAGAUUGAAACGAAAGAAAAGCCAAAGGAAGUUGAUGAUACAGAGUUUUCAAAUUUUGUAGUACCGGGAAAUGUAAGAGCAUCGGGCAUGGGAAAAAUCUUAAUAGAAGAGAUUUAGUUGCAAAUUUUUAUCAUAAACGAAUAAUAAAAAAAUAAAUACUAAUUUGUUUAGUUAAAUAACACUGUGCAACACAAA